CACACAUACAGAUAAAAUAAUAAAAAUUAUCUUGGCUAGAGCCUAGAAGCGAAGAAGAUAGGCACCUUGCCUAAUACCGCGAAAGAGGAACAACAAGAAUGUCCUUUAAAGCGGCGUACGAACACUGUAAGAAGAGAUGAAUGAGACCGAUGCGGAUGCAAUCAUUUGCUUUUUUGGUCUUCAAAAGCAAAUCAGUUUGAUUUAAGAGAUGGUAUUCAGCCACUGAGCUGAGCUGAUUAAAAUCCCUAAGCCCUAGAAGAAGAAAGUGGGUCAGUUUUCACCAAUUUUUUUGUUUUCUUUCUAAUUUCCAGUUUGUGAUUAAUUUACUGCAGUUUGCCUUUGAUUUGCUUGUAGCAUUCUCUGGCAUUUCAUUUUCUGUUUAAAAUUUCACUUGCAAGCAAUGUUAAUCCAACUAUAGAAUUCAAACCCCUUCACCCAUCUAUUCUCUACAUAAUAUGAUUUGAGAUAUGGAGUUGGAAACACUGAGUAUGCCAAAUGAAGUUAUUGAAUUUGACAUGAUGGGCUUGGGAGAUGAUACUGUGGACAUCCUCCAACACCCUGACCAUGUUGAUGAUCAUAAACGAGUGGAAGAUGAAGAUGAAGGGGAAGGAGGAGAAAAAAAACAAAACCUGCUCCUCCACAAUUUCCGCCACUCCUACAAUUCCAGUAAUUCUACUACUUCUCAGCUUUACAUCCCUCAAGGAGACACUAAUCUUGAGCCUUAUGAGGGAAUGGAAUUUGAAUCUGAGGAGGCUGCCAAGGCCUUCUAUAAUUCUUAUGCUCGUCGUGUUGGCUUCAGCACCCGUGUCAGCAUGUCUCGUCGCUCUAGGCGUGAUGGUGCCAUCAUUCAGCGUUCUUUUGUCUGUGCCAAGGAGGGUUUUCGUGUUGACAAGGACAAGCAUGCACGUCCUGAUACUCGUGUCAAACGCCCCCGUGCUGAAACUCGUGUUGGUUGCAAGGCCAUGUUGGUUGUUAAAAUUCGGGAUUCUGGAAGAUGGGCUGUUUCUGCAUUUGUCAAGGAACACAACCAUGAACUUGUCCCUCCUGACAAGGUGCAUUGCCUUCGUUCUCACCGCCAUGUCUCUGGCUCUGCCAAGUCCUUGAUUGAUACCUUGCAGGGUGCUGGGAUUGGUCCCAGUGGAAUCAUGUCUGCACUCAUCAAAGAAUAUGGUGGAAUUAGCAAUGUUGGUUUCACUGAGCGUGACUGCAGGAAUUACAUGAGGAGCAGUCGCCAGAGAACGCUUGGAGGAGACACUCAACUCCUUUUGGACUACUUGCGCAACAAGCAGGCUGAGAAUCCUGCAUUUUUCUAUGCGGUGCAGGGUGAUGAAGAUCAGUGCAUGAGCAAUAUCUUCUGGGCUGAUCCUAAGGCAAGGACUAACUAUACUUACUUUGGUGACACUGUUACCUUUGACACUACUUACAGGUCAAACCGUUAUCGGUUGCCCUUUGCACCUUUCACUGGAGUUAACCAUCAUGGGCAGCCAAUAUUGUUUGGUUGUGCGCUCCUAAUUAAUGAGUCUGAGGCAUCUUUCAUUUGGCUUUUUAAAACAUGGCUUAUGGCAAUGUCUGGGCAGCCUCCUGUUUCAAUUACUACUGAUCAUGAUAGGCUGAUUCGUCUAGCUGUUACCCAGGUCUUUCCUGAAACCCGUCACCGUUUUUGUAAGUGGCAUAUCUUUAAGGAAUGCCAGGAGAAAUUAUCCCAUGUAUUUUCUGAGAAUCCCAGUUUUGAAGCAGAGUUCCAUAAAUGCGUCAACCUCACAGAGUCAAUUGAAGAGUUUGAAUCCUGUUGGUUCUCUUUAAUUGAUAGAUAUCAUCUCAGGGAGCAUGAGUGGCUACAAGCAGUUUUUGCAGAUAGGAGACAGUGGGUCCCAGCAAUCUUGAGGGACACAUUCUUUGCUGAAAUGUCUAUAACUCAACGUAGUGAUAGUAUCAAUUCAUACUUUGAUGGCUAUAUCAAUGCCUCAACAACCCUACAGUUGUUUGUGAAGCAGUACGAAAAGGCUCUGGAAAGCCGCUAUGAGAAAGAAGUCAAGGCAGAUUAUGAUACAAUAAACACUACUCCUAUACUCAAGACCCCUUCACCCAUGGAGAAACAAGCAUCUGAGCUUUACACAAGGAAGUUGUUCAUGAAAUUUCAAGAGGAGUUGGUUGAGACAUUAACUUUCCUGGCAACCAAAGUUGAGAAUGAGGAGGCAACCGCCAUUUAUCGAGUUGCCAAGUUUGAGGAAAAUCAUAAAGCUUACUUUGUUAGAUUUAAUGUUCAUGAGAUGAAAGCAACUUGUAGCUGUCAGAUGUUUGAGUUCUCUGGCCUUCUUUGUAGACAUAUAUUGACGGUUUUUAGGGUGACCAAUGUUCUUACACUACCUUCUCGCUAUGUAUUGAAACGGUGGACGAGGAAUGCCAAGAGUGGUGUGAUAUUGGAGGAUCACUCCAAUGCUUUGCGAAGUAGUUCACGAGAAUCUCUUACAGUCAGAUACAAUAAUCUUCGCCACGAAGCCCUUAAGUAUGUUGAUGAUGGAAUUAAGACUUUAGAAAUUUACAAUGUCGCUAUGGAUGCUUUACAAGAGGCAGCAAAUAAAGUGUCUCUUUCAAAAAAGGCUGGUGGGAAAGUUGCAAUUACAAAUGGACCUGGCACAAAAGAUCUUCCCAAUCAGGGAAAUGAGACUUAUGGAACUCAGCAAUGGAGUUUAGAACAGCCUGCAUCUAUGGAUGACCAGGAUAAGAAAAUUCAAAAACUACAGCGUAAGCUUGAGCGUGCACGACGAAAGUGUGAAGUGUAUCGGUCAAACUUGCUUUCAGUUUUGAAAGAUAUUGAGGAGCAGAAAUUACAGUUGUCAGUUAAAGUUAAAAACAUUAAGUUGGGGAUGAAGGACUAAUGGCUUUGUAGGUUUAAUCUCUUUCUCUCUCCCUCUCUAACCAAUGCUUCAUCAAGGUUCUGUGGACUUUUUGUAGUUAGACAGAUGGAAAGUGUAAUUUAAUUGCUUGUAAAUAAAGAUGUCAAUCACUUUUUUUGGUUUUUUUUUUCCCAGUUUUGGCUUAAGUUGAAUCAUCCUGUAUAAUACGAUAGAGACAGAUUCCUCUGAUUUAUGCAGCACUUCGCCACGGUGGGAAUGGCACUUCUGAUUC